AUGAAUAUCAUAGAAUGGGCCUUUGGCAAGCGCAUGACACCGGCAGAACGACUUCGCAAGCACCAGCGGGCUCUCGAAAAAACGCAACGAGAACUGGAUCGGGAAAGAGUCAAGCUUGAGAACCAAGAGAAGAAAUUGGUAGCGGAUAUCAAGAAGAGCGCGAAGAAUGGCCAGAUUGGGGCCUGCAAGAUCCAGGCAAAAGACUUGGUGCGCACGAGGAGGUAUAUCCAGAAAUUCUACCAGAUGAGGACUCAGCUACAGGCUAUUUCGUUACGAAUACAAACUGUUCGGAGUAACGAGCAAAUGAUGCAGUCGAUGAAAGGGGCCACGAUGCUGCUCGGAAGUAUGAAUCGACAAAUGAACCUGCCCGCUUUGCAGAGGAUCGCCAUGGAAUUCGAACGGGAGAACGACAUUAUGGACCAGCGGCAGGAAAUGAUGGACGAUGCCAUUGAUGAUGUCACUGGUUUAGAGGAUGAAGAAGAGGGAGAGGAAGUUGUCAAUCAGGUUCUCGACGAGAUCGGUGUCGACCUCAAUAACGCUCUUGGUGAAACUCCAACCGGGAUACAGAAAGCAGCAGUUCCCGAAGGACGAGUGGCCCAAGCAGUAGGAGGUGGAGGUGAAGAUGAUGAUCUGCAAGCCCGUCUUGACAGUCUGCGUCGAUAG